AUGCAGCAGGACGCCGCAGACACGAACCCGUUCAAAAGGCUGGCCCAGCAGGAGCGGGAACGGGAACUUCUGGAGAAAGAGCAAAAAAGAGAUCACGGGAAAGGAGGCCCAUUUCCAGAUACAGAUCAAGAUAGGGCAAGCAGCAAGGCCGCAGAUGGAGCACACGCCAGCUCGGUUGGAUGUUCUCGACCACCGAUUCCAGUAGCCCCCGUUCUGGUGGAGCGGACGUCUGUCGGUUCGAUACCCCAGCAGAGCAUUCAGAAUCAGCGUGAAUCGUUUGAAAGAGGACACCGGCCACCCACAAAUGCCACUCCCACGAGCGGCGGACCGCCGGUGUCGCACGCCGGUGUUUCCAAUGGCGUUGUCAAAGGCUCCCCGAAUGGCGGGUCGGGGGACGACUACUCGAACUUUGUGGACAGCUACGCAGAUUCCAAUUCCGACAUAGACUCGGAUUCAAGCUCGGAUACAGACAGCGAGGUUCUCCAGCCAAUUGAACCCUCCUCGGUGACGGAUCUGCUGUCACAAACGCUGUCGGAAGAAGAGCCCCUUCAAAAUCAAGUAGACCAGCCGAUUCAGUCGCCGUCGUAUCCAGCGAGAGUCACAAAGCUUCCAAAUUUAGAACCAGCCCUCAACCACCCUUCUCACAUCUCUUCCGCAACCCCGAGACGGUCCGAGAGUUACUCAUUUGGCUCUCAGGCUCGCAAUGCUUCUGACUCUCCGGCUUCUCCUGCCACCCUGUCAUCGCAAGUUUACCCCCAAUCGCUUAACGAAAGCACGGCAAUACCGGUUGAUUCGCCAUCUUUAGAAGCUUCAUCCCGACUUUUCAGCACUGGGCAAUAUCCAAACUCGGCAGCACCUAUCCCUCCGUUGAGGCCACUUCCUUCUGCAAAUAACCCUGGCAAAGUCAGGAGUAGGCUGUCGAGCUUGGACCCAGGAUCAAGCUCUAGCAUCCCCUCCAUUUCGUAUUAUGGAGACUAUGGAGGGGCUGCAGUACCCAACAAAGGUGGCCAACUGCGACCCAUUGUACCUAGUAGCUCAAACACUCUACUUUCCUCCAAGUUGCCUGUUCACCCCGCCUCUCCAAGUCUGCCUUCAAGACCUUCUGCCGAAUCACCGAUACAAAGCUACCAGGCUUUCAAUGGCAACGGCAGGAGAUUUAGCGGUAAUGAUAUUCAGCAACAAAAUGGCUCACAAUUUGGUCUUACCCCGACUGUUUCAACUCCUGUCUUAUCUCCGAAAGUUGAAGACAUGCACAAUGCCCAGUCCCCUCACUCUUUCUCUGGCAACACACCGCAGAGGUAUGCAUACCCGAAUCACAACACUGCAGAACCAGCUUCUCAGCGUUUUCCAUUUACCGAGCAUCCAGAGCUGAGAAGUUCUGUACCUGUUAUCACAGUCUCUACUCCCGAAAAUGAAGCGCCUCUAUUGUCUCGAAAACCUCAGUUGCCAAAAAGACCUCCACGUUUGUCUAGUGGUUCGGCAUCUGCGUAUGAGCUUUUAGAAAACUUUGGACGUCGUUCCUCUAUUGCUACCAAUUCCGACAGACCACCAGUGGGGACAACAUCCAAUCAAGAAAGGUCAAGUGAUGAUUUGGAUAUGGAAAGUCUGAGAAAUUUGGGUAUCACGGAGGAAAUGAUCAGACAACAAAAGGAGAUUGAAGAAAGGAUCCAGAGAGAAAACGUAAAAGAAAAGGAGUUACGAAAUCAGCUCAUUCAGCAAGAAAGAGUACAGAAUAGUCAAGCCAAUACCUCCAUUCCAUCCAAUAACACGGGUGGUCAAUCAAUGUCGAACGUUUCGAUGACUUCGGAUUUAUCAGCUGGACAUAUCUCCACUGAAUCACACGAAAGUGAGGAAGUUCCUGAUGACGUUUCCCAGCUAGAGAUUCCAACCAGUAUUUCAAGAACGACUACUGCCUCUGGAGACACCACGUCGGAUGUUCACUCCGCGACCAGUUUGUCUCCUUCUUCAGCUGAUUUGCUUGUCAACGAGGAUUUGACGGAGGAGGAGUUCAUAAGCUUACUUCCCCCAGUCCCUACCUAUACGCAGGAACCUGGUGAAACCGAAAUAUCGAUUCCCAAUGGAAAGGCUAUUGACAUCAUGAGCAUAAACGAAAACCACCCGGAACAAAGCCCACCCGAGUAUACUCCAGUUUCUGAUGCUCUGAAGAAGAUCAUUAAUAGACCACAAUUUUCGCAAACCGGGGGCGACAAUUUGAGCAUGCGGCGAAGGCAGCAGCUGGAGCAGCAGCAACAACAACAACAACCGCCACCUCAACACCACCGCCAUAUUAGCCAGAGUGGCCAACGUAUGUCAAGUUCUUCGCGUCAUCGUAGCGGAAGCGGCACGAGCACGAGCACGAGGCUUUCCUCUAGAACCACUGCGGAGCCGAGGACGACGGCAAGAAGACUACCACCGACACGGUCUAUGGCUCCAUAUAGCAGCUAA